AUGGAGCUGCUGGCUGCAGCCUUCAGCGCCGCCUGCGCUGUGGACCACGACAGCUCCACCUCAGAGAGCGACGCGCGCGAUUCGGCGGGACACCUGCCCGGCAGCGAGUCAUCCUCCACCCCGGGAAAUGGGACCACACCCGAGGAGUGCCCAGCCCUGGCGGACAGCCCCACCACCCUCACCGAGGCCCUACAGAUGAUCCAUCCCAUUCCUGCCGACUCCUGGAGAAACCUCAUCGAACAAAUAGGGCUCCUAUACCAGGAAUACCGAGAUAAAUCAACCCUCCAGGAAAUCGAGACCAGGAGGCAACAGGACGCAGAGAUCCAGGGCCAUGAGGAUGGGUCCCCGACCGGCGAGGACACUCCAGAGGAAGAGGAGGAAGAGGAAGAGCCGGCGAGCCCACCCCAGAGGAGGGCUGUGCCCCAGAUCUGCCUGCUCAGUAACCCCCACUCGAGGUUCAACCUCUGGCAGGACCUUCCAGAGAUCCAGAGCAGCGGGGUGCUGGAGAUCCUGCAGCCCGAGGAGGUCAAACUGCAGGAGGCCAUGUUCGAGCUGGUCACCUCCGAGGCCUCCUACUACAAGAGCCUGACCCUGCUGGUGUCCCACUUCGUGGAGAACGAGCGGAUGAAGAAGAUCCUGCACCCGUCCGAGGCGCACAUCCUCUUCUCCAACGUCCAGGACGUCCUGGCUGUGAGCGAGCGGUUUCUCCUGGAGCUGGAGCACAGGAUGGAGGAGAACAUCGUCAUCUCCGACGUGUGUGACAUCGUGUACCACUACGCCGCCAGCCACUUCUCCGUCUACAUCACCUAUGUGAGCAACCAGACCUACCAGGAGAGGACCUACAAGCAGCUGCUCCAGGAGAAGGCAGCGUUCCGGGAGCUGAUCGCGCAGCUGGAGCUCGACCCCAAGUGCAGAGGCCUGCCCUUCUCCUCCUUCCUCAUCCUGCCCUUCCAGAGGAUCACGCGCCUCAAGCUGCUGGUGCAGAACAUUCUGAAGAGGGUGGAAGAGAGCUCGGAGCGUGAAGGGACUGCCCUGGAGGCCCACAGGGAGCUGGAAAUGGUGGUGAAGGCGUGCAACGAGGGCGUCAGGAAAAUGAGCCGCACAGAGCAGAUGAUCAGCAUCCAGAAGAAGAUGGAGUUCAAGAUCAAGUCGGUGCCCAUCAUCUCGCACUCCCGCUGGCUGCUGAAGCAGGGCGAGCUGCAGCAGAUGUCAGGCCCCAAGACCUCCCGCACCCUGCGGACCAAGAAGCUCUUCCGAGAGAUUUACCUCUUCCUCUUCAAUGACCUGCUGGUGAUCUGCCGCCAGAUUCCUGGAGACAAGUACCAGGUAUUCGACUCGGCCUCCCGUGGCCUGCUGCGCGUGGAGGAGCUGGAGGACCAGGGCCAGACGCUGGCCAAUGUUUUCAUCCUGCGACUGCUGGAGAAUGCAGAUGACCGCGAGGCCACCUACAUGCUGAAGGCAUCUUCUCAGAGUGAGAUGAAGCGGUGGAUGACCUCGCUGGCCCCCAACAGGAGGACCAAGUUUGUUUCCUUCACUUCCCGGCUUCUGGACUGCCCGCAGGUCCAGUGCGUGCACCCGUACGUGGCCCAGCAGCCUGAUGAGCUGACACUGGAACUGGCUGACAUCCUGAACAUCCUGGAGAAGACGGAAGAUGGGUGGAUCUUUGGGGAGCGCCUGCAUGACCAGGAGAGAGGCUGGUUCCCCAGCUCCAUGACUGAGGAGAUUCUGAACCCCAAGAUCCGCUCCCAGAACCUCAAGGAAUGUAUCCGUGUCCACAAGAUGGAUGACCCCCAGCGCAGCCAGAACAAGGACCGCAGGAAGCUGGGCAGCCGGAAUCGGCAAUGACCCCUGCCCAGGCGCUAACCUGCACAAGGAGGGGCGGGGGAGCAGGCCUGGCUGGGACCCUGCAGACAAGGAGGCCUGGGAAAGGACAGACUGGCACCUCCCCAGGGGUGCGACAGGAGGUGCACACGCUGGUCCCUGCCCAUGCGGUGAGUGCGCCAGUGUCCCCGCCCUCAUUCACUCACAGACUAGCAGCAGCUGCCUCCCCUGGGUCUUCGUGAAGGAGUCAUGUUGUGAGCAGUACAUACACCACCUCCCUCUCUUACCUCUUGGCGGGGUUGGAGGACAGGCAUGCCCAGGGAUCACUAGUGUCCCUGAGGCCGGCGUCCCUGGCAGGCCAGGCGGAGGGUGACAACUGUCAGGGUCCCCUGCACUGCACGUGCCCUUCCCUACCUUGAAAGCUGUUAGAAUCUACCAGGCACACCCAGGGGCUGCCUUUGCCUGACGGAGCUUGAUGAGUGGCCCUUGGUCUCUGACUCAUGGGACUGAGACCAGCCGCCUCUGUCCUCCUUCCCCUGCCUCUGCCGCCUCCGGCUGCACAGCCAGGCCCUGCUCCAUGGCAGGCCUGCCCAAGCUUGGCUGGGGGCCCAUGUCGCCUCUGGCUCCUUGAUGGGUUGGAUGUAACUUGUGUCUUCUGGCCUCUUAAGGAGCCUAGGUGUUUUAUGGAAUGAAUUGGUCACUGCAUCGUGUAUGGUUAUGGUUCUGAGAAAAGCAAAUAUCAUUUUUUUGGCUGCAUUAAAAGAAGCAUCAUGUAUAAAAUAUAA